UUUCUCAUUUCUUUUUUGUUUUUAUUAUUUUCUCUGAUCUGUUACGAGUCGUUUUUGACCCGAAUGAAAGCUUUCUUCUUUCUUCCUUCAAUAACGUUGAAACUAUCUAAUUGAAUUUCCACUCUCUGUUUUCCCAAUUUCACACUUCAAAUUCCUCUCCGAAUCACUCAGAAUUUGAUUCCACGCCAAGCAAGGAGCACGAAGAGCUUCAAUUCUCUCUCUUCCUCUUUCCCUUUGUGCCUCUCUUAGUCUGCUCUGUGUCUGCCUCAUUGCUUUAGGGUUUUCGAGAUAUGAAAUCUCCGUUAGGUAAGCUUCGAGGAUUGAGGCUUCACAAGAGCGAUGCUAAGGAUAAAAGAGACCUCUUACCUUCCGCUCAGUUGGAUGAGCUCGCUCAAGCUGCUCAGGACAUGCAAGACAUGAGAAAUUGUUAUGAUAGCUUACUUUCUGCAGCUGCUGCAACAGCAAACAGUGCAUAUGAAUUCUCAGAGUCACUGCAGGAAAUGGGUUCUUGUCUAAUGGAGAAAACUGCAUUACAUGAUGAUGAAGAAAGUGGUGGAGUUUUGUUGAUGUUGGGGAAAGUGCAGUUGGAGCUUCAAGAACUUGUUGAUAGAUAUCGGUCUCAUAUAAUUUUGACAAUUACAAAUCCAUCAGAGUCUCUUCUCAAUGAACUUCGAACAGUUGAGGAUAUGAAGCGACAAUGUGAUGAAAAAAGAAAUGUCUAUGAGUACAUGGUUGCACAACAGAAAGAAAAAGGGAAGUCGAAGAGUGGGAAAGGUGAAAGUUUUACUUUGCAGCAACUGCAGACAGCUCAUGCUGAAUAUGAUGAAGAGGCAACCCUGUGUGUUUUUCGGUUGAAAUCUCUGAAACAAGGACAGGCUCGAAGUCUUCUAACACAGGCAGCUCGUCACCAUGCAGCCCAGUUGAAUUUCUUUCGGAAGGGACUUAAGUCCCUUGAGGCUGUUGAUCAGCAUGUAAAAGUUGUUACAGACCAACAACAUAUCGAUUAUCAAUUCUGUGGACCUGAAGAUGAUGGUAGGGAAGAUGGGGAAGAUGAUGAGAAUGGUGAUGAUACAAAUGAAGGGAGGGAACUGAGUUUUGACUACAGAGCAAAUAAGCUGGGGCAUGAGAUUUUUUCUGCGUCCAGGAAUUCAAUGGAGGUGGAUGAUGUUGACCUGUCAUUUCCUCAAGCUUCAGUGACAGAAAGUGCAGAGUUAAACCCAGACAAAAACCAAGGGGGUUUUCAUAUCUCAGGUAGAGAACCUCGACCAGGGAGCCAUUCUGCGCCAAUAUUUCCUGAAAGAAAACCUGAUCCAGUUGAAAGAAUAAAACAGGUUCAAUCAUCUGUGAGGAAGUCCAACACUUAUGUGCUGCCUACACCUAUUGAUGCUAAGAGUGUAGUCUCUUCAAGGACAAGUGGUUCAAUUGCCCACACAAGGCCAACAGACUUCAGUGCGCGCACCCAUAAUUUGUGGCAUUCAUCCCCGCUGGAACAGAAGAAGAAUGAAAAAGAUCCUGGUGACAGUCAUCUGUCAGAGGUCACUGUCUUUAAAGCACAUUCAGCAUACAAAGAGGGCAACAGUAACAAUGCCUUCACCCAGUUACCCCCUCCUUUAGCGGAGGGAACUUCACUUCCACAGCUUGAUACACAUAAUGCCUCCGAUAACAAGAAAAUUAAACGACAAUCUUUCUCUGGUCCAAUAACUAGUAAGCCAUGGUCUACAAAACCUUCUUUAUCUGCCAGUGGCCCCAUCUCCUCUAAUGAACUUCCCCAACAGGUUUCUGGAGUGCUUCCACGUGUAGUAAUUCCUCAGAGUACAUCUCCAAAAGUAUCCCCAACUGCUUCACCUCCCCUUGCAUCUUCACCCAGAAUAAGUGAGCUUCAUGAGCUUCCUAGACCACCCGGUAAUCUAGCCUCAAAACCAGCAAAACUAUCCACACCAGUUGGUCACUCUGCUCCAUUGGUCAGAAAUCCAGAGCACUCUGGAACAAGCAAGAAUUCUUCUACAAUGACAUAUUAUGCGUCACCCUUGCCAAUUCCACCUUUGGUUAUUCCUCGGAGUUUCUCAAUACCCUCCAGCGGCCAGAGAGCAAUGACAAUACAUGUUUCUAAGUCUGUGGAGUCCUUGCAUGUCCCAGAAAAGGCUGAAGAAGUUGAUUCUCUACCUUUCACGCAAUCCAUGGCAAACAUCAAACAAGCAUCUACCAUAUCUGAAUUGGUCCCUCAUUCUGGCCAAAUUAGAGGUAAGUGGAUGUCUUAUUUUUGGCUUUCUAAAAUCAAAACUCUCUCUUUGGACAUCUAAAAGUUAAGCUGGCCCUUCUAUUGUUGACUACUUUUCUGUUGAAAACUGCAUUUGCAUCACUUAAAUUGAAGUAUUAAUAUUUGGAGGGGAAAUAAAGAAACGAUUGAUUUCCAUCUUGAAUUAAGAUUUUUUUUUCCUUUCUCUACAUGUUGAACUGCUUAAUCUAAAAGCCAUGUUAUGUGAACUGACGCUCACAAGUUUCAUUUGUGCUAAAAGGCACAAGCUCCUCUUGGACCAUAAAUUGUAAAUAACAUUGACUUCGGGUUGCCCUCAAAUGGCUUGUAAGUUGCAGGCACUCUGUUUGAACUAUGGAGCCCUGAUUUUUUAUGCAUAUUUUGUCUUCUGUUGGCUAUUAUAGAUGGUAUCCACUCAGUAAUUAAUGUUAUACGUGAGUUAUACCAGCAUCAGCAUGCAUGUUAAGCUCUUCCCCUAUGAUGAUAAUGGAAAUUGUUUUCAUAAUUAAUGGAGGAGCGGAUUUUGUCUUGUCAGUUCCCUGAAUUAUUUUGUAAUUCCUUUUCUUAACAAAGGAACUGUGAGAUUGACUCCAAACCUGCACGAUCCGUAAACAAUGCGAAACAUUGUUUAUAGCUGUGCGUAUCAUGUGCUUACGCUGCUGCUCAAUUAUUAGUCUUUGAUAAUUUAAAUUUUGGUUCU